AUGAUUCUUCGAACAAUAAGUAUUUCCUGUAAGGAUUCAAGUCCUUUUAUACUUUUAGAUAAAGGAAAAGACAUGAAUCCGGAAUUAUACCCUGCAGAUUUUAAAUUAGAUCGUGCAUAUAAAAAUGGAAUUGUAAUGCGUACAAUUGACGACUGCUCAAUAGAAAGUUCCCGAGAGAUUUUUAAGAUUGCAGACAAAAAUAAUUUUUUUACAAGCAAUAAUUUUUGGUUGUUAACUAUUACAAACAUUAAUGAUUUACAUAUAAUAGAUUUAAUGUUUAAAGAAAUAUUUGUAAUGCCCGACUCAGAUGUUAAAAUUUUAAUACUUUUUAAAUGGAUGCUGUUUGAUAUAUAUCGUAUUUCUUCUUUUAAACCAUUAAAAAUUCAAAUGUUAUCAGCGAAUAUUACAAAUUCUGAUAGUUUUAUUGAAUCUUUAAAAAAAGUUGGAGUUUUUGCAGCAAAACGAAAAAAUUUGGAAAAUAUCAAAAUUUUAUGUGGUGUAGUCAUUGAAUUUCCAGAUGCUUUCACAACAUUUGAAGAUGUGAGCACACGGCAUAUUAAUACAAUUGCAAAAGUUAAUUAUCCAUUAAUGAAAAAUAUAGAAACAGAUUUAAAUUUCAGCUUUGAUUUAAUGCAAAUGGAUAAUUAUGGGUGGAAUCAUUCUGACGCGCAUUUUGAUGGAAUGAUGGGUCAUUUUCAACAUGGCACAAUAGAUUUUGGUGUUAAUGCCAUAUUUAUGCGUUUAGAACGUUUUACGUUAUGUGAUUUUGUGUCAGAAACUAUUAAUAUCCGAGCAUGCAUAAUAUUUCGUCAACCACCACUUUCAGCUGUAGAAAAUAUUUUUACUUUACCGUUUUCACUUGAUGUUUGGAUAUCGUGCAUAAUUUUUAUAGUAAUUACAACUAUUCUUCUCAUCAUUCAUAUAAUUUUUCACCCAAUGUCAAAUAACGUGGAUUUGAAAGAGUCACUAAUUUUUGUCUGGGGUGCUGUAUGUCAACAGGGAUUUCAUGUAGACUUUUCUUCUGCAUCUGGACGUUAUAUCGUUCUUACAACGUUUAUAUCAACAUUAUUCUUAUUUACAUCAUUUUCGGCAAAUAUUGUUGCAUUGUUGCAAAGUCCUAGCGAAGCUAUAAAAACUGUGAACGACUUAAGUCAUUCUCCACUGGACGCUGGUGCUCAGGAUGUGAAAUAUAAUAAAAUCUAUUUUGAAGAAACAACUGAUCCAGAAACUCAAGCUCUUUAUAAGAAAAAAAUCGCUCCGAAAGGAGAAAAUGCUUUUAUCAGACCACACGAAGGCAUGGAAAGCGUUCGUAAAGGUCUCUUUGCAUACCAAGUCGAAUCGCAAGCCGCUUAUCAGGUAGUAAGUGCUACAUAUGAUGAACAUGAAAAAUGUGGUCUGAAAGAACUUGAACUAUUUCAAUUACCUGUUAUGGCAAUUCCAGUUAAAAAGAAAUUCCCCUAUAAAGAAUUAUUCAGACAACGUUUGAGAUGGCAACGUGAGAAUGGGCUUAUGAACAGAGAAUUCAGAAAAUGGUUACCAGCAAAGCCACUGUGCGAAAACAGAGUUGCUGGUUUUGUAUCAAUUGGGCUAACUGAGAGCCGAUAUCCAUUACUGUAUUUUACUUUUGGAUGUGGAAUAGCGUUACUUGCUUUGAUUUUGGAAUUACUCUGGCAUCACGCAAAAAGACAAUUAAUGCAUGAUACAAAAGAAUAA